AAUUUUUGCAGAUUAUUAAUUAACAUACACUGAAGAAAGAGUGAAAAUAUUGUUUGUUUGCAAAUUGCAAAUAUGAACAAAUUUAAGAUAAGAUGUAUUAAUGAAUAACAAUAAAGAUUAAUAAAAAUAUUUUGGCCUUAUCUUGUUAUUUUAAGUGUUGGUUUUUCUAUUAGCUUGUUAGCGUAACUCCAUUUUUAUUAGCAAAAUGUAGAGGAUCAGCUUAAAGAAUAUGUAUUGCAAAGGUAUCAGAAUUAUCUAGAUGUUGUUACUUACUCAGAAAAGUUCAUUUUAACUUUAUCGUUUUAAGCUACCUCAAAAAUAAACCAAUAAAUGGGGUUAUUAAAUAGAGAUUUAACUACUAAUAUUUCUUAUGAAAGUGUAGUAUCUUGGGAAGAUCAAACACCUGAACGCUAUUCUCCAAAUCAAUCUUUACCUAACAUUUUACUUUUAAGUGAUUUUAGACUUAUAGAUUAUUGUUAAAUUAAAGAAAAGUGCGGCCAAGAUUAACAAUGCUUAAAUAGUUUUGAUAAUUUUCUUCUUUAAUACGAUAAAAAUAGAAAUUCUAUAAAACUUAAUGGACUACUUGGUCAUACUAAAACCAAAACGUAUGGGAAAACCUAGAACUAGAAUAGAAGCAUUUUAUCAUAAAAUCUAGUCUCUAAUUACUUUUUGCCUCUUCUUAUGUAGAAAAUCAAUACAACAAUUAUGUUUAAGCUAAUGCUAUUUAUGGAGCUAGAAACAAGGACGGCUUAUUAAUUGGAUAAUAUAUUUCGUAAUUUACUUUAAUUUUCCAAAAUAAUUUUUCCAUUUUAAAAUAAGUUCAAAGAUACUAUCUAACAAAUACGUCAAUAAUACAAGUUAUGGAGGACCUUUCUAUUGUAUGAAAAUUAAUGGUUAGUAUCCUGAAUUCAAGUAUACUAGUAUCGAUUAAUUUGAUGGGUUUUAAUAUAAGAAUUAGGCAGGAUAGGUUUGUGGAAAUGAAUCAAAUCCAUGCUCAUGUAGCUAUUUCAAUGUCAAAAGGAUGUACCCUUUAGACUGGAGAUGCAGACCUUGGUAUUAAUCAGCUAACAAUACAUAUUAUAUUUCUUAUUCCUAACCAUACACUGAUAUUUUACUUGGGUUAGUUAGCAUUACUUGUACUUUUAAGGUAGUUAUACCUAGAUAAUAAAUUCAUAGUAUAGAAGAUGAGCUUAAUUUUUAAUCAGAUACUAUUUUGGCGAUAGAUAUCAAUUUAGGAGAGCUCUAGAAAAGAUUUAUGAAGAAUGACACUUAGACAGAAUAUUCCUAUUUAUUAUCUACAAAUACUGAUUCAACUGUAUCUGAUUUUAGUCCGUUCGUUAUAGCUCAUCCUUUAAUGAAUAAAUUUACUGAAUAAUCUAUUUACGAUGUAGAAUUCUAAUAAAAUGAUCUAAGUGAGCUAGAAGAAUACAAAAACUAAACUAAAUUUUUGGUAGAACUUUAAAAAAAUUAAAAUGGAUGUGGAUAAAUAUUUAAAAACAAUGAUUCAAAAACGCUAGUUAUAAAAAAAAAUAAUACAUAAUAUAUAACAAUGUUUUCAACAAUAUAGAUAUGUUUUGGAAAUAUUUAUGAAUAAAAAACAACUGCAAUAGCUUAUUAUGCUAUUGCUAUAUCUUUUAACAAAAGAGAUUAAGAUAUAGAAAGUGUUGAAUAGACUAUGAAGUAAAUGUUAAAUAUCACAAUACAACUAUCAGUUGGGCUUUUCUUCACAAUACUCUUGUUGUUUUAUUUCUUACUUAAAAAUUUUUUAUUUAUUAACUUUGAAAAUCCAAUCUAAAUUUUGUCUAACUUUGUGAAUAAAGCUGAUAGUUAUAGUAUUUACCAUUUCAACUAAAAAAUUCAAAACGGAGAGCUAAAAACCUAAUAUGAGCUUAAAAAUUUUAUUUAUGCAAUUAAUUAAGUAGUUCUUAAUGUUAUAUAAGUAAUACAACAAAAGCUAGAAAACAAUGACAGUACUUAUUCUGAUAUAAUUUUAGCAUAUGAAGAUUAACUUAAAGUUUAUACAAUAUUCUCACACAAAUAUGGAAUUGGAAUGCUCCUAAAUAAUAUGGCUGUUAUGUAUCUCCUUUUAAAGAAUUACGAGUAAGCCCUUUAUUUCAUGAAUGAGUCAGAAAAAAUAAGUUGUUCAAUCUUUGAAUAAUUUACUUAAUCAAUAACUAAAACAUUAGAUGUAGAUCAAAUAAAAAUAAUUUCCUCUGUUUGCGAAUAGGGUUAAAAUAUACCACUUUUAGAGAUUUAUGCCUGUAGGAAAUUCUAGUUAGCAAAUAUCACAUACAAUUUUUGCAAAUUUAUAAGCAAAAAAAAAAACCAAAUUAAAACUAAGAAUUAAUUACUUACUUUAACUUAAAAUAAAGAAUAAAUUUCUUUCUUAAAUAUUACUGAAGAAAUAAAAAAUUAUGAGAAUGAUUCUCAUAUUACUUUUGUUAAUUUAAAUGAGACUUAAAACAAUAUGAAAUAUUCAUUUAAUUAAACAUUUUAUUCAUAAAAAUUUCAAUAAAUUUAAAAUAAAUUAAGCCCAAAAAAAAAUAAGAAAGGGGGAGAUGAGAAGUAAGUAAUUGAUAUAAAAAUGUAUUUAAGAUAAGCUCAAGAUUUAUUAAGUGAUUCUCAUUAAAUAUUUUUGCUCAUUUCUGAUUCUCACAAAAUAAAUAUUUAAGAGAAGCAAAAGUACUCAUUCUAUUCAAUAAUAGCAAAUAUUUUGCUUAUAAAAUGCAUACUAUUAAAAUAAGGGAGAAAGACAAUCAUUAAUUAAUUAUUUAUACAUAUUAGAUAGGAGCUAUUAAAGCCUUAGCAUGUAUUUAAUGAAUAAAAUGCAAUACUUAAAGAUAUUCUUAUUUAGCACUACUUUUAUUAUAAGGCUCUUUUUAAUUAUUAACAGAAAAAAUAUGAUAGAGCUCUUCUAUUAAUUUUAAAGAGCUUAAAUAAAUAAUUAAGAAAUAAAAUAUUUUAAUAUAAACACAAUUAAGAACUUAAAGUUUAUGAUGGAUAUAUAGCAAAAAAAGCAUUAAAAUUAUUGAAAAAAUUAAUAGAAUAAUUGAAAAUUAUUAUGGAUCCCAUUCAAUAUAAUUUACUAUGUUAAGAUGAAUUGAAUUUAAACAAAAUAGACAAGCAAUAAUAUGAAUUUAACUUUUUCGAGAUGUUUUUUGAUACAAACUAGAACUUAAAAUGAAAGAUGAAUAAAUUAAAAUUACAUUUAAAAUGUAUAAAAAUAGCUUUCAAUGAAUAAAAUUUACUUUUAUAAAAUAUUGAGAAUAAUUAAUUAUUCUUGGUUUUCAAAAUGUCCACUUUAUAUAACUUAAGAAAAUGAACUGUUUUCAUUAAUAAAUGAGCUUGAAACUAAAAACAGACUCAAUUAAAAAAUAACUAGAAAGUGUUAAUUAAGAAGAAAAUAUAAAUCAUUUAAAAAAUUGAAAAAAAAUUACAUAAUAAAAUAGUAUUGAG